AUGUGCGCCAAGGAGGUGUCUCUAGGUUACGAGAAGUACUGGGAGUCCUCGUGUCUUCCCUACGAGACCGACAAGAUGUGUCCGUUUUGCAUGCUCCCCCGCUUCGAGGUUUGGAGAGACGUGGCGAACCUGGCGGCAACAUGCCGCGCGCUUUACGAGCUCGUCACGCCUGUGCUAUACCGACGCGACGCGGAGCAGAACCACUCGUCUGCGCUGGUAAUUUCAGCAAAAAGGGGCAAUAUCCGCGCUAUGAAACUGGCGCUGGAGAACGGCGCAAACGCGGAUGAGGACGACCACACGAUGCCGCUGCAGUGGACAAAUGAGUGCUUCCGACACUGUGAGCAUUGCGAGUACCAAGUGUGGUGGAGAGAACCGAGGAGGCUCGAUAUGAGCGCGCUUCACUGGGCGGCGGUAUGCGGGCAGUCCAAUGUUCUCGAGCUUCUUCUGCGUCACAAGAAAGGAGCAUCUCCGAACAAGAGAGCCGCGGUGCAACCAGGGCUAGAGGCUGGAAACUAUGGGUCGCUGCGGUAUGUGGAAGAUUACUGCGACGAGUACAACGCGAGUUUUCCAUGCGUGGCGUUGCAGACGACCAUGGGAUACAACCACGUAAGUUCCAACGGGGCGAAUGCGCUCUACUUCCUGCUGGGGACGAGCAGGUUGAGAAACCACGGCAAGACACUGGAGAUGAUGAAGCUUCUCAUGGAGGCCGGCUCUUCGCUGUUGACGCAUGAAGCUGCCAGACUUCAUGCGCUUCACCAAGCCGCUGCGUACGACAACGUCGAGGUCACGGAGUUUCUGUUGAGAGUGAUGAAAAUCGACCCAAAUAUCUUGGAUGCUGCGGGAAACACACCCCUUCAUCACCACAUCGACUCCAGGUUUCGAGUUGAAGGCGGUGCGAAAGACACCAAGACGUUAUCGCUCUUACUCAAGUACGGAGCAGACCCGAACAUGCGGAACACAGACAGCCUAUCACCAUUGGACUUGUGCUUGGUUACAACGCUGUUGGGCGGAGACAGGAUAAAGUUGUCUGUUAUGCUAGCGGAAAACGGGGCAACGCUGAGGGAGCGAGACUUGGGCCUUCAUAGUGCGAGAUUAACUGACGAGCAACGAGACGGGUUGAAUGCAGCUUUCGAAGAAGCGAGAAUAUCUGGGAAAAGUAAUUGGAAUGGGAGGGUUUAA